AACCGCGCCGCGCCCGGUACCGCGCCGCCUCCGGGCUUACGUAACGAUGCUCGGCCUCGUAAGCUGAUGGCCGCGCUCGUCUGGUGGCUGGCGGCUUGCUGCCUGGUGCGCGCCGUCGCCGCCGGCAACCCCGACGCCAAGCGUCUUUACGAUGACCUCCUCUCCAACUACAACAAACUCGUGCGGCCCGUCGUCAACACCACCGACGUCCUUCGCGUCUGUAUAAAGCUCAAACUUAGUCAGCUCAUCGAUGUCAACUUGAAGAAUCAAAUAAUGACAACGAAUCUGUGGGUAGAACAAUCGUGGUACGACUACAAGUUGCGCUGGGAGCCUCGGGAGUACGGCGGCGUGCACAUGCUGCACGUGCCUUCUGACCACAUCUGGCGACCGGACAUCGUGCUCUACAACAAUGCCGACGGCAACUUCGAGGUAACGUUGGCGACCAAGGCAACCAUCUAUCACCAAGGGCUGGUCGAAUGGAAACCGCCCGCUAUUUACAAGUCUUCCUGCGAAAUAGAUGUGGAAUAUUUUCCCUUCGACGAGCAAACAUGUGUUCUUAAGUUCGGUAGCUGGACAUACGAUGGAUUCAAGGUGGACCUGAGGCAUAUGGAUGAGCAGGCUGGCAGUAACGUGGUUUCAGUCGGCGUCGAUCUCUCGGAGUUUUACAUGUCCGUUGAGUGGGACAUACUGGAGGUGCCCGCUGUAAGAAACGAAAAGUUCUACACGUGCUGCGAUGAACCGUAUCUGGACAUCACCUUCAACAUCACAAUGCGGCGGAAGACCCUGUUUUACACCGUGAACAUCAUCAUACCGUGCAUGGGAAUCUCGUUCCUAACUGUACUAACUUUUUAUUUACCGUCAGACAGCGGUGAGAAGGUGACGCUCUCGAUCUCGAUUCUGAUUAGUCUUCACGUGUUCUUCCUGCUGGUCGUUGAGAUCAUACCCCCGACGUCUCUCGUCGUGCCUCUACUCGGGAAAUAUCUGAUUUUCGCUAUGAUUUUAGUUUCUAUAAGUAUAUGUGUGACAGUCGUGGUCCUGAACGUCCACUUCCGGUCACCACAGACUCACAGAAUGGCUCCGUGGGUGAAGCGAGUGUUCAUUCACAUCCUCCCGCGGCUUCUCUUCAUGAAGCGACCACAGUAUAAAUUCGACACAACGAGAUCGCGUUUCACAACAUGCGGCCUGGUGGUACGCUGUGGUGGUGCGGCUCGGCCGCUGUACCCAUACCGGUUAGCUGCGGCCGACGACGACUGCUGCGCGCCCGGCGCCUGGCCACCGCCCGCCGCUCCCGCCCGCCCUCUCACGCGCACUCCCAGCAAAGAAGACCUCACGCACACAACUUACGUGCAGUCUGGGUUGAGCGAAAGCAAUCGAUUUGGGGGUAGCUGCGUAGUACAUGGAUCAAGUGAAGGCGGUGCCCUAGCGGAGGAAGAGGCCCUGAGUCCCGUUCCGGAGCCGCCGCCUGGCUUCAGCCACUCGUCUUGCCCGCCUGAAGUGCACCGCACAUGUUUCUGCGUGCGCUUUAUCGCUGAACACACGAGAAUGUUAGAAGAUUCCACUAAGGUGAAAGAAGAUUGGAAAUACGUGGCAAUGGUGCUCGAUCGUUUAUUUCUGUGGAUAUUUACACUUGCUGUGCUCGUGGGCACGGCGGGUAUCAUACUGCAGGCGCCGACUCUGUACGACGACCGCGUUCCCAUCGACAAGCACUUCAAUCAGAUCGCCACCUCGUCCCUCGUUCGGUGUCCGCCGCCUUCGUAAUAGAACAGGUAUAUUAAACGUACUGUAAUUUGUUUGCAAUACAUAAGACGAUGAAUCAUGUGCUAUUUGCUUAGAGUAUAAUUUAUUCCAUUAAAGUUGAUACCGUAUAUACAUAAAAAGAAAUGUGCAUAAAAGUAUCGUUUAUUUAUUAUUUCGGACGGUAUUAACUAAGAUGGUAUUCAAAAUAUUUCCGAGGAAUUUUUAAGGGAUCAUCCUCCAUAUACGCUAUUCAUUAAAAAUACGCCAGUCAUUUCAGAUUUUCAGUUUGACUGAGUAGUAGACUAUUGUUAAAUUCACAAACAAAUUACAGUAAGUAGCAUAAUGCGGUCGCCGCAGCCUCGGACCUUACGCACACCCGUCCUGCCCGGCACGUGUUCUAUUCCACGACACGUAUUUUACUCUAGGAUAUAUGUAGUAAUUCUCUUCUAUCUUCUAUCUUCUGUAGUACCAUAUUGUCAUAUUUGAUAGAUAAUUAGAAUUGCAUUUUAAUCACAACCUUACAUCAUUUUAAUUUACUUUAUAUGUCCAAAAUCACAUAUGUAGGUAUAAUCAUAUCGAAGCACACUUACUUUACAGUUUAUUUUAAUAAAA